CAGGAAUAAUGUGAUGACUUCUGGGUUUGCGUGGCGGACUCUGAUGAGCCGUCAGAUCUAUUGUCACCCUUCGUUCCGCGCCCGCUGUUGCCAGAGUAUAAAUUGACCGGUGAUUUGUCAGUGGACACAUAUUCUCCCAGUCAGCGGCAGAUCAACAGUUCGAUAUCAACCAGAAUGUCUCAGGCCACCAAAGGAACCAGCCAGGGGUCAGCGACCCAGACCUCCACCCAGGACAAGGGCACCCCAGCCCCCGCUUCAACCCCCACCCCAGCCUCCAAAAUCCUCAAGAAUGUGGAGCCUGGACAAGGCAACUUCCGGAUGAUGAUUUACGAACAGGAGAACUUCCAGGGCCGUCACAUGGAGUUCACCACCGAGUGCGUGAACCUGUGUGAGCGCAGCUUCGACAGAGUGGGCAGCGUGCGUGUGGACUGUGGACCUUGGGUGGCUUACGAGCAGGCCAACUUCCGUGGAGAGAUGUUCAUCCUGGAGAAGGGAGAGUAUCCUCGCUGGGACUCGUGGUCAAACAGCUACAGGAGUGACCGUUUCAUGUCCUUCCGUCCUGUCUGCAUGGAUAACCAGGAACACAAGAUCUGCCUGUUUGAGAUCGCCGAAUUCAAGGGCAACAAGAUGGAGAUCAUGGAGGAUGAUGUGCCAAGUCUGUGGGCGUACGGUUUCUGUGACCGCGUGGGCAGCUUGAGGGUCCCCAGUGGAACGUGGGUUGGCUACCAGUACCCAGGUUACAGAGGUUACCAAUACCUGUUUGAGAUGGGAGAUUAUAAGCACUGGAACGAGUGGUCUGCUCAGCAGCCUCAGAUCCAGUCAAUUCGUCGCCUGAGAGACAUGCAGUGGCACCAGAAAGGCUGCUUCCAGUUCGCUACCAAGUGAGGACGUCCGCAGGCUUGCUAUCUGACGGAGAGUCCGAAGCUGCCCAUUUAUUUAAUGGAAUAACUUAAGUUUAACUUCAACGAUUUACUAUUUUUAAUUCAUUUCUUUUUUUGCUCUGGUCAGCUGCAUUUCUCCGUACUUUACAGUGUAAAGCAGAUCGAUCGAUUAAUCGAUCAGUCGGAAU